AAAAAGUGUCAGAAUGAGGCGUUACGAAGAUAUGAAAAAGCAAAAGGUUCAUCUGGUGAAAUACUGGUUUCUGGAUCAGAUGAUUUUACAUUGUUUUUUUGGAAGCCUGCUGAAGACAAGAAAUCGAAAACACGGAUGACUGGUCAUCAGCAACUUGUUAAUCAGGUAGCAAAUUUGAUGGCAGUUUACCAAAUUGCUUGGUCCGCCGAUAGCCGACUGAUUGUCUCCGGCUCCGCAGAUUCAACGCUCAAAGUAUUGGACUGGAGCCCCGAUGGUGCACGUGUGGCAAGUGGCGGCAAAGACAAAUUGUUGAAGUUGUGGCGACAGUAA